UGUGUACAUUUUAUUGAAACUCUACACAGUGGAUGGCAUUGCGAGUGUACGCAAGAGAGUUGUGAAUAUUUUGCUCUUUCUACUAAAAACGGUUAAAGGCAAAUUUUUGACAUGUGAUCUUGACUGUAAUCGGCAUGUGAGAUGAGGAUUUUAAUGAAGAUAAGAUUAAUUAGCCAUGAUUCUGAGGCUUUUCAGACGAAUUGUUGGCCGUAACAUGCCGUGUGUUGUCCAGUACCUGUGUUUAUUUUUACCUUUGGCUAUGUGCAUGGUAUCUGUAGUGGACACGGACAGUGGGGGGAAAAGACUACCCCCUUUAUACUGGAAUUCUUCUAACCCUAUAUUCAGCCAAUCAAACAGCGAGAUAAAUGUCAAUCUGGACGACAGUAUAGAUUUCAGGUGCCCCUUCUACCCUUCUGGCACUUCAUCCAGCUCCUAUAAAUACUACCUAGUGUAUAUUGUAACCAUGGACGAAUACAGCCAAUGCCGACUGGAUACCCCAGUCAGAGGUACACUUGUAAUCAACUGUUCCGAGCCCAACACGGAGCAGUACUUUACCAUCCUUAUCCGACGCUUCCAGUCUGUCCCGGGGAUGAUUGACUUCCCGCCGGGAAAAUAUUAUUUCAUGACAACUUCCACGGGUUACCUGGAAGGAAUCAACAACAAGGAGAAUGGAGCGUGUCGGUCAAACAACAUGAGACUAGUGAUGACAGUCCGAACCCCGGAGUCUCAGACCCCGGCCCCCACCCAGGCCCCCCAGAACAGCUCGGGGCCGGUACCAACCACUACCACUAGCACCACUACGACCACUACCACUCCUAAACCGGUGACACCAUCUCCAUCUACUCCCACCCCCACACCCAGUACUUCCACCAUCAAACCAUCUACCACUACCAUAUCAACCACUACAAAAUUCAAAGAGAAACCAGUGGACCCCAGUAAAGAAAAUGUUAUAGAUGCAACAGGAACUAGCAAGAAUACGGGGACUAUAAACAGUGCAUCAAGGACACUAUGCUUCUCCAAAACUCUGCUCGUAGCAUCGUUAAUGAUUUUUAUCUUGCUACUACGAUAGCAUCUACUUAUGAUAGUGAAUUGGUUCUAACAAAAAUAAGUGUUGCUGCACACAAAGGAGACACUGAAAGUGGAGGAUUCUACUUGUGUUGGAAAACUUCAAGAGUGUAGUAUUGACUUCUGUUUUACGGAAGAAAGGAAUAGAAAUUCAGACUUCUUUGGAAGAAGAAAAGCUUCUAAAGCGUUUCUACCUAUUGGAUCUGGUUAGUCAUAUUGUAAAUAUUGUCUGCCAUUUUUGAGGACACAACAAAAUGUGCUCAAUCAUCAAUCAUUCCAAUGCUGCAAUGAUCAUGUUUCAACCGAAAGAUUCACAGAACAAUGACAUAAUUCAGGUGCAUCUUUGCCGUGGAAACAUUGCAAUAAUUAAAUGAUACCAUGGUUACAGAUCGAGUGACGAUGAGUUAAUUGUGUUGUCAUGAAGAUUAUGUUUUGCAAUAUUUAGUCCCCCUGAUCUUCCUUGCUGUGAUUGUAUUGUCUCACCAACAGUUACCAUUGGCAACAUGUUUCCAUAGCAACCGUAUUUGCCAUACAUAUACUGUGAUUUUUUUGCUUCAAUGCUAUGAGCUGGAAAUUUAUAAAAAGUGUAUCUCUGGAUCAAAACAGUGCUAGCUAUUGUACUGUAUUUAAUUUAAACCCAGAAUUAUUUCAGUUUAUUUUGAUUAUUGUUGGAAAUCUAAUGUGGUUUGUUAAACCCUGUACAUUAGUCCAGAUACUUGCUCCAAAAUUUGAUUUUGUUUUUCUUUUGUCACUUUCGUGUGUGUUCUGUUGAGAAUUGUAUAUACGAUGUAUAUAAAGAGCUAUUUACCUAGAGUAAUAUAGCAAGUGAAGAGACUUCACUCUAAAAGUUUGGAAAUUAUUUAAUGUAUCAUUAUGAAGUAUGACUGUAUAUUAUUCAAGUGAGUUCAGUGUGUUAAUGUUUGUGUGUGUAUAUGAUUUCAAUUCUUUUUCCUUUCUUUCUUAUGAAAAUUAUUUUUUAGAAAACAUUGCUCUGUGAUACUGAGCUUGAUUUUAACUAUAGAUUUAAUUCCAAAUCAUUUGCAUUUGAAAUGAACAAAAGCUGUUUUUAUAUCAAUUCUUAUGCACCAUAUUCACGAGAAUUUUUAACCUGUGGAUGAAUUGAAAUCAAUCUGUAAGGAUGUAAUGUGUGCUUCUCAUCAUGGGCUGUGAAGGAAAGCUUGGUUGUGUGAUAGUGUGUGACAUAUGUGUGAUGGUUGGUGUGUGACACGUGUUGAAAGAUGUGUGGAUUGUGUGUGUGUCUGUGUGUGAAGAGUUAUUUUGCAGUAUUAAGAGUCUGCUUUUCACCAUAUUUUGAUGAUACCCUAUCCUGCUGAAUUGUCCAUCUUCUUCAUCAUGUCUGACAUAUCAGUUCUUUGUCCUGUGAGCUUUCUCAGCAAGCUUUGUAGAUAUUAGGUGUUUGUUAUCUGUCCUGUAAAUCUGAUCCAGUAUUUUUUAAUAUAUUUGGACGAAAAUUUUGUAUUAAAGUUAUGAUUGUAAUAUUACAAGUGGACUAUUAUAAUUAAAAUCAUCAUCAAUGAAUUGAAUUUAUAAAAAAACACCUUAGAAGCAAUAUGUGACUGUCACAGAAUGGGCAGUGAAGACUCAUCUUGAAAACAUUUGUACUUUGUUCGGUGAUAUGAAAUGCAAUGUUAAUAAGAAAAACUAUUUGUUACAAAUACUUGUAAAUGUUACUGGAUUACAUCAAAUCUUCUCUUGUAUAGUUCCUGAAAAAAGAUCAUGUGUCAUGACCCUUGAACUCUCCACUGGAGAACACCAGUACAUGGCUUACUUGAGUUAUUUAAGGAUCAGCUGAAGAGCAAACUUGACAGUCUGUCAGAAGGUGUAAGAGAAGUUUGUGAUCUAUAUGUAUGUAGAGAGUUGUGUGAAAGAGGAAAGAAACCCUGCAAUAAAAUAUCAGAUUACACAUUA